AUGGACACGAGUUACCUGUCCCAACAGGUCAACACCAUCAUCGGCCAGUUGCACGGUUUGUUCGAUGAGAUUGGUGUUCCCAACCAUGAUCGCGAAAAGCGCGAGGAAGACCUCUUCGAGGCACUUUCCAAGGCCCUUACCGAUCAAGUGAACCUAGUCACAAAUGAAAAGGAGGAAAUGAUUGAGGAAGCCGAGCGCAUUAUUACCACGAUACAGCAGAUGGAGGCAUCCCUCGACGACAACCGCGCACGCCGAGACCGCAGCGACGAAAUCCAGAUUACCUACCCCCUGACCCGAUGUUUGCAGGGCCUCAAGGAGAAGCACAAGCAAGUCAGCCGACUGCACAAGGAGCGUUUCGAACAAGUCAAGAAGCUUGUCGAAGCGCUUGAGUCAUACUCAUCACAUCUUGAGCCUACCUUCGUCAAGAUUCCCCUGCCGCCGACGGGCCCAAACCAAUCCGUCCCUCCCAACUUCGACCUAUCGCCGUCCUACGUGGACAAGCUCGACCAUGAGUUUACGAGAGUCUAUGAAGAGUACACACGCCGCGUCGCGACGGUUAAGGCCCUUUGCGAACACACAAUCCAACUCUGGGCCGAGCUGGGCACCCCUCAGGCUCAAACCGACGGUGCCAUUGUCAAGUACUACCGCGAGUCACCGGAACAAUUGGGCUUGCACGAGGAAGAUAUUGAGCGUCUCAAGGCGAAGCGCGACAAGCUCUCGGACGAGAAGAAGAACCGUGAGAAGCGUCUCAAGGACCUGCGCGCGGCCGUCGAGGCCCUCUGGGAGAAGCUGGAGGUGGACAUGGCAGAGAGGAAGGCGUUCCUCAACAGCAACCGAGGCUGUGGCGUGCGACAAAUCAACGAGUUCGAGGAUGAGCUUGUGCGCCUCAACGAGCUGAAGAGGCAGAACCUACAUCUGUUCGUCGAGGAUGCGCGGUUCAAGCUACAGGAACUCUGGGACUCACUCUACCUUUCCGAGGAUGAGAUGCUCGAGUUCACACCCGCCUUUUCCGAUGUGUACAGCGAUGCCCUCCUCGAGGCCCACGAGCGCGAGAUUGCAAGGCUGGAAGUUCUGAAGGAGCAACGACUUCCUACCCUCGAGCUCGUCGAGAGACAUCGCAGCCUCACCAGCGAGCGCGACGAGCUCGCCGCCUCAAGUCAGGAUGCUUCUCGCCUGAUGAUGCGUGGACAGAAAGGUGAGAAGCGCGAUCCUGGCAAGCUUCUCAGAGAAGAGAAGAUGCGCAAGCGCAUCGCCAAGGAGCUACCCAAGAUUGCCGUGGACUUGCGCAGAAUCCUUGAGCGAUUUGAGGACGAGUACGGACGGCCUUUCACGGUACAUGGGGAGCGCUACCUGGAUGUGCUCGAGGCAGAGGACCGACCAGCACCCGGCCCGCGAUCCAAGACACCGGGGGUGGGAGCCGCUCCUCAAUCAGCAGCUAGACCCAGAGGGCAUAGCAGAGCGCAGAGCACUACCUCCAUCGCAAGACCCCCCACUCGCAAUGGUGUAAGAACACCAGCACCUGCGCCUACCACCAAACGUAGCGCAAACAACAUGAACAGCGCGGCUCCAUCAACAAGACCUGUGUCUGCUCACGCAAAAGCACAGGAGAUUGCCCGCCCAGCAUCUUCCAUGGGCAGCUUGAGAGAGCGAGCGCAAACUCUUAACCGACCACCGGGUAGUCCCUCAAGGAUCCCGGCUCGGCCCCCAUUGACCAACCUCAAGUACGGCAACUUUGGCAACACCUCGCCAGUACAACCGGAGAGACCGGCGUCGAGAAUUGACGCCUACGCGACGAUCCGCGGUGGUAAUCAUCAAAUGCGUGCCCCUCCACCCAAAAUGCGCGAUCUCAGCACGAUCGAGUUGGAGACUCCCGUCAACCCGUACAAGUCAGUAGGGUUGGGCGCGAGCAUCGUCCGCCAAGUCGAGCUUGAGGAUCCCUACGACGAGGAUUGUCAGCAGCCUCGGCUGAUGAGGGCUAACUCGACCCUCUCGCAUACCUCUCACGCUUCCCACAACUCGCACGCAUCAUACGCUUCCCAGAGCUCUCAUCACUCCCAGGGGUCCUCUCAACACGACUACCCAUCUUCGCAUUCCUCGACCAUCCGCCAAUACCCCCCUUCUUCCUACCCUCAAGCACCGCCGCCCCGCCAGAUUUCCAAUUCAUCCAACGGAUCGAGUAAUGUGACCGGCUCAGAAAACUGGGAGACGUAUGACGACGCCAGCGAACCUGAGCAGGAUGCCAGCGACACAUACUACGCCAAGGUGCGAGCUGCCCGCAACGGCACCAAGCGCUUUGAACCCGAAGCGGGAUAUCGGCCGCCGGCCAGCGAUCCUAAGAGGCAGCGACCGUUUCCGAUGACGGCACCUGGUGGACAUGCUGGGCAUGGCUACGGUGACGGCGAGGGCCGCAUCAUCUCAGGCAGCGAGUGGACAGACGAGGAUGGAUACUGA